AUGGAUAAGUGCGCGGACGAAAAAAAAUUUAUAUUGCGAUUCAUUGAGAAUUAUGAAUGUUUGGAAGCUUUAUGGAACAUAAAACUUGAAGCCUAUACUAAUCGUGAGGAAAAAAGAAAACAAUAUGAGAUACCCUUGGAUAUUUAUAAGGAGCAGUACCCCAACGCAACUGUGGAGGACGUGAAAAGAAAGAUAAAUGUUUUGCGUACUAAUUUUCGUCGUGAAAAACAAAGAUUGGCCGAAUGCAGCAAAAGUGGAGCUGGUGCUGACGAUUCGCUCGAACCUAAUUUGUUUUACUUUAAUGAAAUGCAAUUUCUUACCGACGUUGAGACGCCCUGCACAUCAAAGAGUACAACG